AUGACACGCACGCGACUCGCACCUGUGAGCGAGCUGCUCGUCAUGCGUGGCAUUGCCUUCCUGCUAGUCGAAGGUGACGUCGCCACGAGUGCACUUCACCCUGGUAUGAGCAUUCGAGCAACGCCCUGCUUGACAAAAGCAGCAAAACUUUCAGCGUUGCCGUCAGUGCUGCCACUUCAACUUCCAAACAGAGAACGUGUUGUGGUAUACCUGGUUCCAGACCCGAACUUCGAGUCGUAUCACUGCCAACGCCGUCACGUGGAACUUCGAGGGACUUUAACUAUUCAAUGA